CCCACUCGGCCCAACCAACCCAACAUUUCUUCUACGGCAUCAGUGCACGGCUACACCUCCUCGCCGACCCAAACGCCCAGAAAGUCACAUAACCCGCGUCCCCGAUCCCGCACGCCGCCGCCGCCGCCGCCGCCGCCGCCGCCGCCGCCGCCAUGUCCAACUCCAACCCCGGCUCGACCCCUGCCUCCGCCCACCACGACCACACCCCGCUCUGCCGCUCCUGCGGCGCGCCCGCCACGGCGCCGCCCCCGCCCCCCUGGACCGGGACCUCCGACUCCCCGCCGCCGGCCUACCGCCCCAUCCGCCUGCCGGCCAUCAACGCGCCCACCAACACCGCCUCCAUCGUCCUCUCCCCUGUCCCGCAGCCGCUCCCGGUGCCCCCCGCCGCGCCGCCCCACGCCUUCCAGGCCCCCGCCAAGCGGAUCGCCUCCCCCGACGACAUCGCCCGCUUCCACGCUUCCGUCCACGGUCACCACUUCCUUGGCUUCGUCGCCGCGCUCUCCGCCUCCGUCCACGGCCGCAAGCUCUCCGACCCGCUCCCCUCUCCGCCCUCGCCCGCCGUCUCCGCGCUGCUCGACCUCGUCUCCGCGCUCUCCGCGCUCGUCGCCUCCACCCCGCCGCUCCCGCACAACUCCCGGUACGGUAACCCGGCCUUCCGCCUCUGGCACGAGAAGCUUUUCGACUCCGCCGGCGAGCUGAUCGCGCGGAUCACGGCCACCGCCGCGUCUCCCUCGGACCUCGCCGGCGCCGAGGUCGAGCUUGCGCCGUACCUCCUCGACUCCUUCGGCAACGCCACCCGCAUCGACUACGGAACGGGUCACGAGACCAACUUCGCCGCCUUCCUCUACUGCCUCGCGAGGCUCGGGCUCAUCAGCGAGCCCGACUACCCCGCCGUCGUGCUACGCGUCUUCGCCGCCUACCUCGAUCUCAUGCGCACGCUGCAGGACACGUACCUGCUGGAGCCCGCAGGCUCGCACGGCGUAUGGGGGCUCGACGAUUACCACUUCCUGCCCUUCAUAUUUGGGGCUGCGCAGCUGAUCGAUCACAAGUACAUGAAGCCCAAGUCGAUUCACAACCCAGAUAUCUUGGAGAAUUUCUCAAAGGAGUACAUGUACCUGGCGUGCGUCGCGUAUGUGAAGAAGGUAAAGAAGGGACCCUUUGUGGAGCACUCGCCAAUGUUGGAUGAUAUCAGUGGUGUGCCCAAUUGGAAGAAGGUGAACAGCGGGCUGCUCAAGAUGUACAAGGCUGAGGUGCUUGAGAAGGUGCCGAUUAUGCAGCAUUUCCUCUUUGGCUCGCUAAUCAAAUGGGAGGACUAAUAUCAUCUUGAAAAGCUCUCUGUCUCAGGCAAAGUUCCAGACCAUGCACCAUGAUCUGUGAGAGCUCCUGUGUGAUGCAAGGAUUGGUUAUACAGUGAUGCUGCUCAAUGUUAGUAGAGGACAGACCUAUGGAAGGAUAUUUUCGAUCUAGGGUAAUGAGCUUUCUUUAUGUUAGCGUAGCAUCCCAUCACACUGCUAUUGUGGUGCUUGAAUUAUGGAAACUGUCACUUCCUGCUCAGCUUACAAUGCUUGGGGAUUGCCUUUGACUCUUUUGAGUUGGACAAGCUAGCACUUAAAUAACACCUUGUACUGAGGCAUUUGGUGUAGAUGACUAGAGUGAACAGUUUUUGUUGUUGCUGAAUGGGCCUCAAAGGUGCUGUCUCCUUUGGUGACCUCUUGUUUGGCUA